GCUCAGACCACGCAAAAUAUCAACGUCCUGAUGGUAAACGAAGAAGGAAAUAUGCCAGCCGAAAGGGCGGUCAAAGUGGCGUUGGAAUAUAUUCGACGUAGCGGAAGGACUCUCGGCAUCGCCGUCGAACUCGAGACAGUUGUGGGAAAUCGGACGGAUGCCAAAGGAUUACUCGAGUCAUUAUGCGCAAAAUAUUCUGAAAUGAUAACUGGAAAUAAACCUCCCCAUGUUAUCCUGGACACCACGAAGACGGGCGUUUCUUCAGAAACCGUUAAAUCGUUUACUGCCGCCCUCAGUCUGCCAACUGUAAGCGCUUGUUUUGGCCAAGAAGGCGACUUGAGACAAUGGAGAACAAUUGACGAAUUUCAGCAAAAUUACCUACUUCAAAUAAUGCCUCCAGCUGACAUCAUCCCCGAAUCGGUCAGAUCCAUCGUGAAAAUGCAGUCAAUGACGAACGCAGCUAUACUGUUUGAUAAUACUUUUGUGAUGGAUCAUAAAUAUAAAUCACUUCUGCAAAAUUUGCCCACGAGGCAUGUGAUAACAUUAGUGGACGGACCGACAAUCGAAAAAAUUAAAGAGCAACUGGAGAAACUUCGGAAGUUGGACAUCGUCAACUUCUUCAUUUUGGGAAAUCUUGCAACCGUAUCGAGUGUAUUGGAUGCAGCAAAUGCGAAUAAUUAUUUCGGAAGGCAGUACUCUUGGUAUGCGAUAACACAGGAUAAAGGAGAAUUGAAGUGCGCUUGUGACAAUGCCACAGUUAUCUAUUUAAAACCGAGUCCAGAAGCUGCCAGUAGAGAUAGAUUAGGAAAAAUAAGAACCACAUACAACAUGAAUGAGGAACCAGAAAUUGCUUCAGCAUUUUACUUUGAUUUAUCAUUGAGAGCAUUUUUAGCUGUUAAGAAUAUGUACCAAAGUGGGUAUUGGCCUACAGAUAUGAAAUAUUUGACGUGUGACGAGUAUGAUGGUAAAAACUCACCACAGCGGAAAAUUGAUUUGAAAACGAGUUUUAUGAAGGUUCCCGAGCCGAAUACCUAUGGUCCACUGCACUACCCCGACGACGGCGAAGUGUUCAACGGUCACGCGUUCAUGCAGUUCUCCCUAGACAUAAAUGCCGUCUCCGUGAUGAAAGGCUCAUCGGUUGGUACAAUACAACUCGGUUCUUGGAAGGCCGGUCUGGAUUCUGAGCUUUCGUUAAACAAUGAAGAAGACAUGAGGAAUUAUACUGCCGCUAUUGUCCACAGAAUCGCAACCGUCGAGCAACAUCCAUUUAUAAUACGAGAUCCUAGUGCGCCCAAAGGCUUCAGUGGUUAUUGCAUAGAUUUGAUAGAAGAAAUAAGAAGAAUUGUGAACUUCGACUACGAAAUUGAAACUGUUGCUGAUGGUAAAUUUGGAAACAUGGAUGAAAGUGGAAAUUGGAAUGGAAUAGUUAAACAAUUAAUGGAUAAAAAGGCUGAUAUUGGUCUUGGAUCAAUGUCUGUGAUGGCCGAAAGAGAAAAUGUAAUAGAUUUUACCGUGCCUUAUUAUGAUUUAGUAGGCAUCACUAUAUUAAUGAAACUACCUAAAACGCCAACGUCUUUGUUCAAGUUUUUGACUGUGUUAGAAAAUGAUGUCUGGUUGUGUAUUCUAGCAGCUUACUUCUUUACGAGUUUCUUAAUGUGGGUAUUCGAUCGAUGGAGCCCAUAUAGUUACCAAAACAAUAGAGAAAAAUAUAAGGACGAUGAAGAAAAACGGGAAUUUAAUAUCAAAGAAUGCCUUUGGUUUUGCAUGACGUCGCUUACUCCUCAAGGUGGUGGUGAGGCACCCAAAAAUCUUUCCGGAAGAUUGGUUGCCGCUACGUGGUGGUUAUUUGGAUUUAUUAUAAUUGCUUCAUACACAGCUAAUCUGGCUGCCUUUCUCACUGUGUCUCGAUUGGAUACGCCGGUCGAAUCUUUGGAUGAUUUGUCCAAACAAUAUAAAAUUUUAUAUGCGCCACUAAAUGGGUCAUCGGCGAUGACGUAUUUUGAAAGAAUGGCGGAUAUUGAAGAAAGAUUUUAUGAAAUUUGGAAAGAUAUGAGCCUGAACGACAGUUUGACCGACGUGGAAAGAUCUAAGUUGGCAGUGUGGGAUUACCCUGUAAGUGAUAAAUAUACAAAAAUGUGGCAAGCUAUGAAGGAAGCUGGACUUCCUAAUUCUAUGGAAGAGGCUCUUGCAAGAGUUCGAGCCUCCAAAUCAUCAAGUGUAGGCUUCGCAUUUUUAGGAGAUGCAACCGAUAUUAGAUAUCAAGUGCUAAUCAGCUGCGAUUUGCAAAUGGUCGGUGAAGAAUUUUCUCGGAAACCGUAUGCAAUCGCUGUGCAACAGGGUUCUCCAUUAAAAGAUCAAUUUAAUAAUGCAAUUCUGCAACUACUAAACAAGCGUCAGCUAGAAAAACUGAAAGAAAAGUGGUGGAACAAGAACAAAAACAAGAUGGAUUGUGAGAAACCCGAAGAUCAAUCUGAUGGUAUUUCAAUUCAAAACAUUGGAGGUGUAUUCAUAGUAAUUUUCGUAGGAAUUGGAUUAGCUUGUAUAACAUUAGUGUUUGAGUAUUGGUACUACAAAUACAGAAAGAAUCCUAAAGUCAUUGAUGUUGCUGAGGCACCAUCUCCGCCAAUCAAGGAAAAACAUCAGAAAAUGCAGCAGAAUUUACCAGGCGACGUUGUAGCUCCUGGACAAAACCAAGCCAUCAGGGCGAGAUAUCAGUAUCCGCCCGCAAAUUUUAGAUCCAGAUUUUAG